UUUCCUCCCCAUUGCUAAGGGGGCUCCCUAGCAACAGAACUUAGAACUUUGGGGGCCAGGUGGGCAGGCGGGCGGGGCCGAGCCGGUUGCUGGGGUGACGGCCUUCAAGGUCUCUCCCCCACAGAGGGCCCAGGGGUCUGGGGAGGCGACAUGGUGGGCUCUGGGAUCCCAGCUUUGGGCCUCUUCCUGCUAAUGCAGGGCUCAGUAGAUGGGAAUGGGAUCCAGGGAUUCUUCUAUCCAUGGAGCUGUGAGGGAGACGUGUGGGACCGGGAGAGCUGUGGGGGCCAGGCGGCAAUUGAGAACCCAAAUCUGUGUCUGCGUCUACGAUGCUGCUACCGCGAUGGGGUCUGCUACCACCAGCGGCCAGACGAAAACAUGCGGAGGAAGCACAUGUGGGCGCUGGGCUGGACAUGUGGAGGCCUCCUCUUCCUGAUCUCCAGCGUCUGCCUGUUCUGGUGGGCCAAGAGACGCAAUAUGCUGCGGUUGCCGUGGUUCCUGAAGGGCAAGUGCGACCUGUCCAGGACGGUCUCUCUCUUAUCCAAGGACCGGACUCCGAGCGAAAAGAAGAUGACGUCCGUUGGCAGCAUGUCCGCCUUCCUGCCCAUGGAGGGGACCCUGGACACCUCGGGGGGCACCGAGGGGGAGGGGACAGAAGGGGGCGAAGAAACGGAUGGGGGGGAGGAAGAUUAGGGGUACCCCUGGAGGGACCCCUCAAUACAGAUACAGCACAGAGAUGCAUGGUCUCUUUUCUGGAAAGCAUGAAGCAGGGGGC